AUGCCCACAAACGGAAUUAACAGGGCUCUCAAGCUGCAAUUUGGCCUCAUCAACUAUGAGAACCGCUACCUGACAGCCGAAACCUUUGGCUUCAAGGUGAACGCCUCAGGUAUUAGCAUGAAGAAGAAACAGAUCUGGACCUUGGAGCAAGAUGAGCAAGAUGGCCAAGUAGUGUUCCUCCGCAGCCACCUGGGACGCUACCUGGCCUCUGACAAAGAUGGGAAGAUAACAGGUGGGGCGGAGAGGCCUGACCCUGAAUGCCGUUUCCUUAUUGUGCCCCAGUCCGAUGGUCGCUGGGCGCUGCAAUCCGAGCCUUUCCUGCGUUACUUUGGAGGCUCAGCUGACUACCUGUCCUGCUUUGCCCAAGUCAUUGGGGAACAAGAGCUGUGGGCCGUCCAUUUGGCCUUACACCCACAGGCCAGCCUGCUCAGUGUGGCACGCAAGCGUUAUGCCCAUCUGUCUGCUUCGGAUGGAGAGAUCUCAGUGGACAGCAACAUUCCCUGGGGAGUGGACUCCCUGGUCACCUUGGUAUACCUGGACGGCAAGUACAGCCUAAAGACCUGCGACAGCCGUUUUCUCAGCAAUGAUGGGAAACUGGUGAAGGAGAACACCAAUAACACUAGCUUCACACUGGAGCUGAAAUCGGGCAAGUUGGCUUUUAAGGACUGUGAUGGUAAAUAUUUGACCCCAGUGGGACCCACAGGAACACUGCGUUCUGGCCGAUGCUCCAAGCCUGGAAAAGAUGAGCUGUUUGAUCUCGAGGAGAGUCAUCCACAAGUCAUUUUUCAAGCCGCCAAUAAAAGAUUUGUCUCAGUCAAGCAAGGAGUGAGCAUUUCAGCCAAUCAGGAUGUGGAGACAGAUAUGGAGACCUUCCAGAUGGAGAUAGAUAAGGAGAGCAAAAAGUCUAUGUUUAGGACCAAUGGCGGAUCAUACUGGACGCUAGUGUCUCACGGAGAGAUCCAGUCCACUGCCACAGAAGUUGAGGUCAACACAAUGUUUGACAUUGAGUGGCGAGGACAGAGAGUAGCGCUCAAAGCAAGUAAUGGAAAGUAUGUGUGCACAAAGAAGAAUGGGCAGCUCUCAGCGGUCAGCGAUACAGUGGGUGAUGACGAACUAUUCUUGAUGAAGCUCAUCAAUCGCCCGAUGCUGAUCCUCCAUGGAGAGAACGGCUUUGUGUGUCACCACAAGAACUCCAACACUUUAGAUGCAAAUCGUUCUAUUUAUGACAUCUUCUCACUGAUCUUCAAUGACGGCGCCUACAACAUAAAAAGUGUGAAUGGAAAGUUCUGGUAUGUCUCUAGCAGUGGCCUAGUGUGCUCAGAUGGAGAAAAGUCCGAGGACUUUUUCCUUGAGUUCCUGGAACAUGGACGUGUCGCCAUCAAGGGCUCCAAUGGAAAGUACCUCCGUGGAGAUCAGGGAGGCAUACUUAUGGGGGAUGGCCCAUCUGUCGAUGCAUCUUCUCUCUGGGAGUACUGA